UCUCUCCACAACCAUUCUCAAUGGCCACCUCUCACCACCGCUCCGCCUCUUCUUCCAGUGACGUCUCUGUCUACUUGGACGCCAACACCACUGCCAUUCCCACUCCCUCUUCCGGACGUAUUCACAGGAAUUCAUCAACUACGUCGCGGAACGUGGAUGUUGCUGUGGCUGAAGCUGAAACGCCGAAUCAGGUUCAACCGAAGAGUGUUGCUCAAGUUAGUGGUAAGAGCAAAGGAACCUUCAGUGCAGCAUCGGUUGCUAGGUUCCUCGAUGAGACAGUUCCGUUCAAGAAAAAGAUUGGAUGGAUAAGACGGGCUUCUACACUGAAGAAUGAUGGUACGGUUGAAAUUGAAGUUCCAGGACAGGGAGGUAGUAUUGAGCCUGAUGUUAGAGGCUAUGAAGCUGGUGAUGAAUUUAGUGAUGCGAUUUCCGGUCAGGAUAUUCAGCCUAUUCAGCCACUUCAAAUUGUAAUGCUAAUAGUUGGUACACGGGGAGAUGUUCAGCCAUUUGUUGCAAUUGGGAAGCGUCUACAGGUAGAUGGCCACAGGGUUAGGCUAGCUACUCAUAAGAACUUCGAAGAUUUUGUCUUGAAUGAAGGCUUGGAGUUUUACCCUUUGGGUGGAGAUCCUAAAGUUCUUGCUGGCUAUAUGGUCAAGAAUAAAGGCUUCUUGCCAUCAGGACCUUCAGAAAUACAUUUACAAAGAACUCAAAUCAAGGAUAUUAUUAAAACUUUGCUUCCUGCAUGCAACAAACCUUACCCAGAUUCCAAUGUCCCCUUUGAAGCAGAUGCAAUAAUUGCCAAUCCUCCAGCAUAUGGGCAUACUCAUGUUGCUGAGUAUCUUAAGGUUCCUCUUCACAUAUUCUUCACAAUGCCAUGGACGCCUACCAGUGAAUUCCCACAUCCUCUUUCCCGUGUUAAGCAACCGAUUGGAUACAGACUGUCAUAUCAAAUAGUUGAUGCUUUAAUCUGGCUUGGGAUACGAGACUUGAUAAAUGAUUUUAGGAAGAAGCAGCUGAAGCUAAGGCCUAUUACUUAUCUAAGUGGAUCUUAUUUUUCUCCUCUUGAUGUGCCCCAUGGUUAUAUAUGGAGCCCUCACUUGGUCCCUAAACCAAAAGACUGGGGACCUAAAAUUGAUGUUGUUGGAUUUUGUUUCCUUGACCUUGCUUCAAAUUAUGAACCACCACAAUCACUAGUGGAUUGGCUUGAAGAGGGUGAAAAACCUAUUUACGUUGGAUUUGGUAGCCUUCCUUUGCAGGAACCUGAGAAAAUGACUAAAAUUAUAGUUCAAGCUCUGGAACAAACAGGGCAGAGGGGUGUCAUCAACAAAGGCUGGGGGGGUCUUGGGACUUCGGCAGAACAAAACAAAACUGUGUACUUAUUGGACAACUGUCCGCAUGAUUGGCUGUUUCCACGAUGCACCGCUGUGGUACAUCAUGGGGGCGCUGGAACAACUGCUGCUGGUCUUAGAGCUGAAUGCCCAACAACUGUUGUACCAUUCUUUGGGGACCAACCAUUUUGGGGAGAGCGGGUGCACGCUAGAGGAGUAGGUCCUGCACCCAUCCCGGUGGAUGAGUUUACAUUGGAAAGGCUGGUUGAUGCCAUAGACUUUAUGCUGAAACCAGAGGUAAAAAAGCGUGCUGUUGAACUUGCUAACGCCAUGAAAAAUGAAGAUGGAGUGUUAGGAGCAGUUAAAGCAUUCUAUAAACAUUAUCCGAACCAAAACUCAGAUAACGAGGCCAAUGCCAAGCCAGUUACCUCCGUAGCCGAGUACAAGCCAGUUCGGAAACGUUUCUCUAUACGAGGAUGCUUUGGUUGCUAUACAUCAGGAUAGAUAGCUUUCUUAAUAUAUCGACCAUAUAGGGAAAAAAAAAAGGCCUUCUUCGUACAGCAUAUUUGUCCAUGCAAUCAUGUUCAUUCUUUAGUCUAGUUCUGCUAUACCAGCAAUUGAGAAAUGCAAAUUGCCCUGGUGAUUUUGUUGAGCUUCUCCAGAUGCAUUUCGAAGUGAACGAUCUAGUAUUGUCCA